CCUCUUGUUAAUUGUUUCAGAACUCUCACGCAGUUUUCAUAGAUAAAGCGGUUACAGUUAUAUACUUCAUUCAGGCAUUUUGUUUCUGGCUACUUUGAAAUCGUCUUCAUGAAGGAAGUUUGAUCGUGUGUCUAUAUGCUGAAAGUCACGGUUUUGUACAGAACAUGAUGUAUGACUCACAUUACGGGGACUUCUUUCUAAUGGGACCUAAUGACACAGCUUCCAUUCCCCACUGGUGGAACUGGGCUGAACCGAUUUGGAUUACCGCAGAAAAACAUGGACUGAGAAGUGCACUUUAUUGGUGGGAUGGCUGUCAGGUGGAAAUCAAAGGCAGGAGACCGACUUACUGCAGGAAUUAUAAGUACGUGGGUUAUUCCUGGCCGACAGUCAACGAGGACACAAAGGAGGCUUUACUAACUGCCCUCGAUCUCCUAGAGAGUGAUGAAAUACAGUUGGUGCAGAUCUACUACGAGCCAAUUGACUUCUACGGCCACAAAUAUGGACCUAAUUCUGUCGAAAGGAAACAUGCAGUUAAAGAUGUCGAUAACCUUUUAGAUUUGGCACAGCAAAAAAUGGCUACACGAGGAUUGGACAAUAAGGUUAAUUUGGUGGUGGUGUCUGACCACGGUAUGACAUCUACUGACUCUAGAGGGCUAAAUGUUAUCAACCUACAACAGAUUAUAGAUAUUUCGGAUAUUCGUUACAUGGUGUAUUACGGAGCCACAAGCAUGAUACUUCCACAUGAAGGCAAACUAGAGAAAGUAUAUAAAGCUAUGACUGGUGUUCCUGGCCUAAAAGUUUAUACAAAAGAUGAAAUUCCUGAGUACUAUCAUGUGAAGCACAGCAGAUUAACUCUUCCGCUUCUGCUCGUAGCUUCUAAAAAUUAUUACAUAAGAGGGCUGGAUAUUCCAGGAAAAAGUAUUCCUACCGGUUCUUCCAUAUCGCUAGGCGCACAUGGUUAUGACCCAUACGAAGUUUCAGAUAUGAGAGGCAUAUUCUACGCCAGAGGACCAGGUCUACGAAGGAACUACAUAUCAUCUCCCCUGCAGAUUGUGGACAUUUACAAUAUUUUGUGUGACCUUCUUGGCAUUGAACCUUUGCCAAAUAAUGGAACAAAAAGUGCUACGAAAGGAAUGGUUGUUGCCAUGCAGUAUUCCUUGGGUCAUGAACUUACAGCAUUAUCAUUAGAAGCAUCUGCAACAACUUUAUUUUUAUGUUUUUGUUGGUAUAAAUAUCACAUUCUUAUAUCGUGACAAUUUAUGGAUAUAUUUUUUGUAUAUUUUUUUAAUUAAAGUUUGAUACAAAAAGUGAAUACUAGUUCAGUCAGUAGUUAAAAGUAAUAUGACUCUAUUGAGAUUAUCAUCGUAUAUAAAAACUAUUUUAUCUGAUCAAAAUUAUUCUUUGUA